AUGGGUGUAUCUGCCCUGGCCAGCUGUGGAGAGUGCGGCUGUAGUUACCAGUGUGUACGGCUGGACGAGUAUCUCCACAAGUACGAGUGUGUGUGUGACGACAACUGGAGGGUUGACGAGGAUGGUCAUACCUGCGUCCUAGAUAACAGCGUGGCGUACCCCCAGACCAUCUAUCUCUUCGUCAUCAUUAUAGGCAUCCUGCUGGUCAUCUUUAUCUCUGCCACGUCCAUCUGUUGCUACAACCGCUACCAGAAGAAGAAGUUUGACCAGAUCAGACGAGAGAUCUUCAGCGGCGGACCAGAGAUGCAGCUCAACCGACUGAGGAACGAGGGCGGGAUGGUGACCGAGUAUAACCCUAACUACGAGUUCGGUGGAGGGACCUGCUAUAAAAAGGACCUCAAGGAGAUACCCAGAGAGAACCUCACCCUCGUCAAAGCGCUGGGUCAGGGAGCCUUCGGGGAGGUGUACCAAGGUUACCUCAAGAACUACGCUGGUGACUCUGUGGAGAUGCCCGUAGCUGUCAAGACACUGCCAGAGAUGUCCAGUAACCAGUCCGAGAUGGAUUUCCUGAUGGAGGCUCUGAUCAUGUCCAAGUUUGCUCACCCUAACAUUGUACACUUCAUCGGGGUCUGCUUCGAUAAACUGCCUCGCUUCAUCGUGCUUGAGCUGCUAUCUGGCGGCGACCUCAAGAGUUUCCUAAGAGAAGCAAGACCCAAACCCGUAAGUGUUGGUGAAGUUCAGUUGUUUGUGUAUGACACUGCCGCUGCCACUGCACUGCCACUGAACGCUGACGCUGACGCUGCCACUGCCGCUGCCGCUGACGCCGCCCUAACCGCUGCUGCUGCAGCGCACUGGCUGCUGCCGCAAAUCGCCCCUGGCACGCUGCUGCACUUUCGCCUGCCAGCUUCAGCGCUGACGCUGCGCCACUGGCAUCCGCACUUCAACGCUAACCCGCUGCCGCUGCCGCUGCCGCUGCCGCUAACGCUUCAGGCCGCUGCUAUCCUGCACUUCGACGCUCUGCGCUAA